GUUGCAUACACUUUCCUCACAUCAACCUUUGUUUCUUCUCUUUCAUCUCUUAGUUUUUCUUUCCAAAAAUGGUUCUAGCUGGCAAACUUAUCACUGAACUUGGUAUCAAAACACCCGCUGACAGGUUCUACAAACUAUUUCAAUCAGAACUUCACGAAGUUCAAAACCAUUGUGAAAGAAUUCAUCAUACCAAGUUGCAUGAAGGUGAAGACUGGCAUGACACUGAUACAGUUAAACACUGGACUUAUGUCAUAGGUGAUGAGGUACACACAUGUUAUGAGACUAUUGAAGAAGUUGAUGAAGAGAACAAGAAGAACACAUGGAAGCUGUUUGGUGGAGACAUUGAUAAGCACUAUAAGGUCUUUAAGCUCAUUCUGGAAGUAACUGAUAAGGCUGAUGGUACUGCUGCUGCUAAAUGGGCCAUUGAAUAUGAGAAAAUCAAUGAGGAUAUUGAGCCUCCAAAUGGAUGGAUGGACUACCUUAGCAAAUGCACUAAGGAUAUUGAUGUUAAUCUUUCCAAGGCAAGGGUCGCUCGAAAGGAUUAAAGAAAGUAACAAAUAAAGAAGUAAUGGCUUAGUGCAACUUUGGGGUUGGCUUAAUUAAGUGUUCACUUCACCUUUAUAAUUAAAUAAGUGUGAUGUUUGUUUAAUGAUGUUGUUGUGUAUACGCAUACUGGCUGAUGUUGUUUUUAAGUUUGUAUGUUUCUUGUGAAGAUGCCUCUUAAAUGUGUGUGAUGCUGAUGCAUAUCAAUAAAUAAUAAAUGGUGAUAUA